AUGGCCAAGUCCAACAACCACACCACACACCACCAGUCCCAAAAAUGGCACAGAAAUGGCAUCAAGAAACCCCGAUCGCAAAGAUACAAAUCUCUGAAGCAGGUAGAUCCCAAGUUCCUGAGGAAUAUGCAUUUUGCCAAGAAGCACAACAAGAAGAGCCUCAAGAAAAUGCAGGCAAACAAUGCCAAGGCCAUGAGUGCACGCGCUGAGGCUAUCAAGGCCCUCCUCAAGCCCAAGGAUGUCAAGCCCAAGAUCCCAAUGGGUGUGAACCACAAGCUCACUCAACUUACCUAUAUCGCCCACCCUAAGCUUGGGAAGCAUAUCCGUGCCUGUAUUGCCAAGGGUCGCAGUCCUUGCUGGCCAAAGGCCCAGGCUCCAACCAAGGCCCAGGCUCCAACCAAGGGGAGAGAUCUAGUAGGGGAAUGGCUGGGUCAAGCAGAAUUUCUAGUUUUAGUUUUUGGGGGACUCUCUGUGCGGACUCCCAUUGUGGUUGAACUAGUUCACAUUGUGUCUCCCAGCAGCAGAGAAGGCUCUUUCCUUCUCACAUCCCCAGCAGCCUUCGUCAAGGUCCAUUUCUUGGUGGUGAUCAUUUGUUCUGGAUAUCCACCUUCAAGAUCACCAGUCCCUUCUUUACUCCAGGGAUUCUGGAUCAAGAAACUGGGACAUUUGAAACAUAAAGAGCAAAAAGCAAUAUGCACACUAGGAACGGUUGAAAGUAGAGAAGAUAUUGAAGUCUGGAAUGCUAUGGAGAGGGGACAUAAGAACCAGAUAGCACCCAUUCAGCCUUAA